AUGGCUAUGAAAGGCAAACUCAAAACAAGAGACAAGUUGAUGAAAAUAGGAAUAAGCAGGGAAGACACUUGUGCAUUGUGUGAACAAGAUACUGAAAAUAGUCAACAUCUAUUUUUCAGAUGUCCUUUCAGCAAGAGAGUGUGUCAUGGUACUUUGCAGUGGCUUGGAAAACAAAGCACAGCUACCGAAUGUCUGUAUACUCAGUGGAAGAAAUGGGGAAGAAACUAUAGCAGCAAGAGACAACAGAAGAUAGGAUAUGCAGCAUUGACAGCAGUUGUUUAUGAAGUGUGGAGAGCCAGAAACAAUGCAAUAUGGAAUCUGAAGGUUCCUUGUCCUAAUGCUGUUGUUAGCAGCAUUAAGAAGAUUGUCUGUAUGAGGAUUCAACAUCAGGUGAAUAGUAAAUGGUCUAGAGAAGACAAGGAUUGGCUGGAAAAAAUAAAAGCAGAUGAGAGGUAG